ACCUCUGGCGGCUUGGCCUAUAUCCGGUAGGGUCAGUGGACGAGGCGGUGCGGAACUGGCGUUGUCUACUGAGCUUUUCCAGGACUGAGCAGGCAUGGCGGCGGCUUUUCGGAAAGCGGCUAAGUCGCGGCAGCGGGAACACAGAGAGCGAAGCCAGCCCAGCUUUCGAAAACAUCUGGGCCUGCUGGAGAAAAAGAAAGAUUACAAACUUCGUGCAGAUGACUACCGGAAAAAGCAAAAAUACCUUAGAGCUCUCCGGAAGAAGGCUCUUGAAAAAAAUCCAGAUGAAUUCUACUAUAAAAUGACUCGGGUUAAACUCCAGGAUGGAGUUCAUGUUAUUAAGGAGACUGAGGAAGAAGUAACUCCAGAACAGCUGAAACUGAUGAGAACUCAGGAUGUCAAAUAUAUAGAAAUGAAAAGGGUUGCAGAAGCUAAGAAAAUUGAAAGACUAAAAUCAGAGCUCCAUCUGCUGGAUUUCCAGGGGAAGCAACAGAAGAAGCAUGUGUUUUUUUUUGACACCAAAAAGGAAGUCGAACAGUUUGAUAUUGCAACUCACCUGCGAACAGCCCCAGAACUAGUCGACAGAGUCUUUAACAGACCUACGAUAGAGACCUUGCAGAAGGAGAAAGUGAAAGGAGUUAACAGUCAGACUCGACUUAAGCAAAUAGCGAAAGAGAGGCAAAAGCAGUAUAACUGCCUGACACAGCGGAUUGAGCGUGAGAAGAAAUUGUUUGUUAUUGCACAGAAAAUUCAGACUCGCAAAGAUCUUCUGGAUAAAACUCAGAAGGUGAAGGUGAAGAAAGAAACAGUCAACUCUCCAGCUAUUUACAAAUUUGAGAGUCGUCGAAAACGUUGAAGUGUUAUAGAUAAGCCUGUCAUUCCACGUGGAAGAGUUUAUGUUUUUUUUUUUCCAGUAACUUCAGAUUCCACUGGUCUAAGUGACUUGGUUUUCCUGUUUAUAACCAUAAUUUAUUAUAGAUCUGACAUUUGAUGUGAACAGUGUUAAAGCCCCUUCCCCCGUCUAAAUUGUUUGUGGGUUGUUGAAUUGUUGAAAUCAGUCUUUUUUUUUUGGCCGCUGCGCGAAGCCUGCAGGAUCCCAGGUCCCCGACCAGGGAUCAAACCCAGGCCCAAGGCAGUGAAAGCGCCAAGUCCCAGUCACUGGACCACCAAGGAAUUCCCUGAAAUCAGUCUUAUUUUUAUAUACUUUCAUUUUUUUUCAUUAUAAAAGUUACAUAAUCUUUUUUUUUUUUUUUUUUUUUUUUCUUUUUGCGGUAUGCGGGCCUCUCACUGUUGUGGCCUCUCCCGUUGCGGAGCACAGGCUCCGGAUGCGCAGGCCCAGCGGCCAUGGCUCACGGGCCCAGCCGCUCCGCGGCAUAUGGGAUCCUCCCAGACCGGGGCACGAACCCGUAUCCCCUGCAUCGGCAGGCGGACUCUUAACCACUGCGCCACCAGGGAGGCCCACAUAAUCUUUUAUAUAGCAGAUUUGGAAAACAAGUGAGUUCAUCUCUAAUCCCAAUACUUACUCAAGAACGACAGAUAACUGUUGCAUACUUAACUAUGCUAGGAGGUUAGGGAAAUGGAGGUGAACGACUAUCAAGUGCAUUCUGGUUGAUUUCCUCCAUUUUGUAGAGGUUGGCACUGGUUUUUGUGUUUUGUAGUUGUAAUUAAACACCUUUAUGGCCUACUUUUUCCACUUACUAUUAAA